AUGCCUUUACAAGUUAAGGGCUUUCUUAAUAGGCCGAGGGCAAUUUUCCUGGCUGGGGAGGUCAUUACCGUCAAGGUCAUCAUUAAGAAUACUUCAAAGAAAAAUAUUGAAAAUAUUGCCUGGGGUAGUGUUCAGUUAGUAUCAGAAAGAACUUUCGGUGCACAAUCUAUAAUAUCUGAAAGACCUGCGACGGCAAUAUCGAAGAGUCCAUCAACUGUAUAUUCUUCUUUACCGCUCAUCCUCUUCUGUGAUCUGAACAUUGGUCCUGGAGAACAGAAACAGUUUAAGACGGAUAUAUCAAUUCCGGAAACCAUUCCUCCCUCCUUCAAAGGCUAUUUUGUGAAAUAUUUAAGUAAAAUUAGCAUAGCAGUUCAGCAUGUUCGUGAUCCUAUUAAGGUAAUGCACAUUCCUGUGAGAAUAAUCCCAUCUGUAACACUAGAUAUAAAACAGAGCCAGAAUGCCAAUCCUUUUGUUGCACCACCAAAUAACACUUUGUCGGAGUUGGUGUCGUCAGCAGUUGAUCAAAUGACAGCUCCAAGAAAGCCCCUCAAUUUCUGUAUGACGAACUCUGACGGAAAAGUAACAUUCCUAACGCUUUUCAAGAAAGUAUUCAGGCUAGGGGAAGAGAUAGUGGGCCAUCUCGAUUUUCGAGAUGCUGAUGUAAAUUGUGUACAAUAUUCUGUAGAUUUAGAAACUGUAGAGUCUUUGCCGGAAUCGGAUAGGGUUGAUGAAGACGACGAAGAAUUUGAAAUGCGUAAGAGCUCGCGGAGCAAAACAACCGUUCUAGCAUCUUGUCAAGACGUUUGUGCAUAUACAAAAGAUAGUGCAUUCCGGCUUUGUAUCCCAAUGCAUGCGAAUCCCACGUUUUUCACGGACAACGUUCACUUCAAGUGGCGUUUACGCUUCGAAUUCGUUACGAGUAAAAAUCUUAUUGAAGCCAAUUUAUACGGGUUAUCUUCGGCUCCAACAAAUAUAGAGGUUGAGACGGUUUCGUGGUCAGUUGAUGUGUUCGUUCUGCCUUGCUGUCCGGAAAACGUGUCUUUAACUGAUUUAGCAUAUUCAGGAGAAACGGGAAUGAUUUUGUGA